AUGGUAGCCAAAUUGCCAGAGGAAGAGCAUCCUAACCAAUCCUUUGGAUGGGCAGCAAGAGACCAAACUGGCCAUCUCUCUCCCUUCAAAUUCUCCAGAAGGGCAACAGGAGAGAAAGAUGUAGCUUUUAAAGUCCUAUAUUGUGGGAUGUGCCACUCUGAUCUUCACAUGGUCAAGAAUGAAUGGGGCUUUUCUACUUACCCUCUUGUCCCUGGGCAUGAGAUUGUGGGAGUGGUGACAGUGGUGGGAAGCAAGGUAGAGAAGUUCAAGGUAGGAGACAAGGUAGGUGUAGGUUGCAUGGUAGGAUCAUGUCGCUCCUGUGAUAACUGCACAAACAAUCUUGAAAAUUACUGUCCAGAAAUGAUACUUACAUAUGGUGCUAAGUAUUACGACGGAACAACCACCUACGGCGGUUACUCUGACUCAAUGGUCGUCGACGAGCACUUCGUUGUUCGUAUUCCAGAUGUGUUGCCUCUCGAUGCUGCUGCCCCUCUCCUCUGUGCUGGGAUUACGGUGUAUAGCCCAUUAAGAUAUUAUGGGCUCGACAAGCCUGGGAUGCAUGUGGGUGUUGUUGGGCUUGGUGGGCUUGGUCACAUGGCUGUCAAAUUUGCUAAGGCUAUGGGGGUUAAAGUCACAGUCAUUAGCACCUCACCUGCUAAGAAGCAGGAAGCUGUUGACCGUCUUGGUGCCGACUCAUUUUUGGUCAGCCGGGACCAAGAUGAAAUCAAGGCUGCUAUGGGCACAAUGGAUGGAAUUAUUGACACAGUGUCUGCAAUGCAUCCUCUCUUGCCUUUGAUUGGUCUGUUAAAGUCUAGUGGAAAGUUAGUAUUGGUUGGUGCCCCAGAGAAGCCACUCGAGCUACCAGUAUUUCCUUUGCUAAUGGGGAGGAAGCUAGUGGGUGGAAGUGGCAUUGGAGGAAUGAAAGAGACGCAAGAAAUGGUAGAUUUUGCAGCAAAAAAUGGAAUCACACCAGACAUUGAGGUUAUCCCAAUUGAAUAUGUGAACACUGCAAUGGAUCGCAUGUUGAAAGCUGAUGUUAGAUACCGAUUUGUCAUAGACAUUGCCAACACAAUUAUGUCUACUCAGUGAUUUUUGCAAGCAGAUAAUUAUUAUUCAUUUGAAGUAGAAGUUUCAGGAUUUAUCAUCACUUAUCAUAUGUGAUGUGAGGACCAACAAGUAAUAAAAUUGAAUUGCUUUUUCUUUUUCUUUUUUUUCUUUUUUUUUUUAAGUUUUUUUAUCAUUAUGAAUCAUGUGAUGUGAGAAGCAUUAAGCAAUAAAAAUUGGAUUGCCCUUUUUUUUUU